ACACAAGUCGUCGCGCCCAAUUUAACGAUUGUCAAGGCCAUGUUUGUAUCCAUGCUGUCACUUAAGAGACAUUUACUCUGGAUUUUCAAGGUUUCUCAAUUUCAUAAUUUGUUCUAACUAAAUUUAGAGAUCUAAAAAGUCUAUUGUUGAACAGCUCGAGGAAAUUGAUGAUGUAAAUAAUUGAAAUGUAAUGCAGUAGAUACUUGUAGGAAAUCUUAGAACUGGAGAGUGAACGAUCAAGGAGUAUCGAUUCAGAGAAACAAUUCGCAUAUAGGCUUAUACUCUACGCCAUAAUAAUCUUUGGUCUAAGCUUCAUCUUUGUUUAUUACAAUUACUGGCCGCAAACAUUGGGAGGACAAAUCACAGUAUCCCUGAUAUUUGCUCUGUAUCUGCCUUGCAUGCUCCUGUUGAAAUAUUUUGUCCGGAUUAUAUUCACGAGACGCGUUAACAGGACAAAUGAAAAAUUGAAAAAGCUGCGUGCAACGAAACAAAAAUUGUUAGAUGAUGUGAGGGAGAAAGAGCCAUACAACAAGGCGCAACAGAUUCUGAAGCGUUUUGAUCCAUUAACAUUUGCUUCCAUUGCUGCAGAGGAAAGGAAGCUUGCAAAGCCUGGCUUUGGCUCCAUGAUCAACUUGGAAUCUUCUCAGUCAGAAAUACGACGUCGAAAUACUUGUGACGCUGCUGCAGACCAAUGUGUGCCUACACAACCAAGUGGUUCCGUUCAGGCACCAGCACCACGUUUGUUAAGACCACUUUUGCCUAGAGAACGUUCAUUAGUUGAUAAACUUUUGGAUCUAUUGGUCGGUGAUGGUCCUGAUAAACGGUUUGCUCUAAUCUGUGGCGAAUGUGCUGCGCAUAAUGGAAUGGCUUUAGAAGAAGAAUUUGAAUAUUUAGCAUUUCGGUGUUGCUACUGUAAUCAUUUUAAUCCAGCCCGUCGUUCCCGAUUACAGACCUCAUUGGCAUCAAGGAGUAUUGGCAACUUGGAUCCAGUCAAUUCACAGUCGACACCUUGCCUACUAAGUGAACCUAGCCCCACAGGUUUACUGGAAACAAUGGCAGAAGAGGUGACAAGAAUCUCAGGCGACGAUGGCAACCUCAUGAAUGAGCAUAAUGAUGACGGCAACACUAGGACUGCUGAUGUUCCCCGGAAUGCUAUCACAGCUAAUGGAGACGAUAAUGCUGAGGAUGAUGUUGAUAAUAAGAGUGACAGUAAUAAAGGACAUCUAACAAAUGGAUUCACCAAAGAUGUGGGUUUAGACAAUGCUGACAGCAGUAGUAAUAGUAAUAGUGAUGGUGUGGAGGUUAGUCAUCCUAAUUGUGAUAAUUAAAACCAGUCUAUACCUGUGAAAAAGUAAAUUGAUUAUCUCAGGAAAUUUCGUCGCCAAAGUACAAAUUUGUGUUGUUGUUGUUGUAUGAUGUUCUGUGUUAAUUCUUCACUUUUGCCUUUCCUCUUCUAAUUUCACAGUCUCUCAGUGUGUAUAUAUCUGUUUUACAUAUCUAUUUAUUCUUUAUUGUUUCUUUAUUAACGAGCACAGUCGUUAAAAGGCUGUCUUACUUUCGUUUAUUGUCGAUGAAUAGGCGUGUAUUGAUGAGGUUCCCCUCGAUGUACAUAUUUAUACACACACAAAGUCUGUGCGUUUUUGUCUCUGUUUUUCGUGUACAUAUGUAUCUACUAUCAACUGUAAAAUAAACUUUUCCAGUGUCUUUUGUUUUCUCUCCUUCCCCGUGUAAUUCUUGCUUUUUGUUCAAUAUGAAUGUUUGUUAAGAUUUUCAGGGGAAUAUAGGUGGCAUAUUUGCC